CCGCACAGCGGGCUCGCCUGCCCGGGGCUCGCCUCUGCCCAGCUCGGCCCCGCCGCCGCCGCGCUCUCCCCGGGGCGGGCGCGGCAGGCGAGUCCGCUUAGCUGCGGUAGCCAGGCUAAUCGGGGUUGAUGGCAAGUGUCUGGAGGGAGCUAGGGUCAUCGUAGUGUCUACUGAAUUUGUCAGGAAGCGCCUCUGGGUGCUCUUCUGAAGCACGGAGGGAACUCAGAGACUGCUCAUCCCCGUACUUCCGUCUGAUGGUCACUUCCGGGCACUUGUCUCCCUUCCCCCCAUUUCUCAUCUCUGUGAUAUACUUUCCCCUCGUCUCCUUCUGUGUUUGAGUGGUGAAUGCACCUGUAGCUUUGCUCCUGGGGGAUAUCUUAUCAGAAACAGCCCGACCUUCGAGGUACCAUUGAGCACCCUUCUCUACCCCUUGCUCAAGGACAUAGACAAGGUGACAUUGUCCUGCCCCCUUAUUACCAACCAGAGGAAGAUGAUGAGAUGCCCUUUAUCUGCUCACUGUCAGGAGACAAUGGAAUUAUGGGCUGUCACGAAAUACCCCCACUGAAGGAGCGAGGCCAUGAGUGUUGUUUGGACAAGGAUGAUUAUUAUUAUUACAAUUCAGUCCGGCAAGAGUUCAAUAUCAGUGGCAUGUGUGUGAACUGGAACCAGUACUACAAUGUGUGCCGCACUGGCAAUGCCAACCCUCACAAGGGUGCCAUCAACUUUGACAACAUCGGGUACGCCUGGAUUGUGAUAUUUCAGGUGAUCACACUGGAAGGGUGGGUGGAGAUCAUGUACUAUGUUAUGGAUGCCCAUUCCUUCUACAAUUUUAUCUACUUUAUCUUGUUGAUAAUCGUGGGCUCCUUCUUCAUGAUCAACCUGUGCCUGGUGGUCAUCGCCACGCAGUUCUCAGAGACCAAGCAGCGGGAGCACCAGCUGAUGCAGGAGCAAAGGGCCCGGUACCUCUCCUCCAGCACCGUUGCCAGCUACAUGGAGCCAGGAGACUGCUACGAGGAGAUCUUCCAAUAUGUCUGCCACAUCCUGCGCAAGGCCAAGCGCCGCACCCUUGGGCUGUACAACAGCGUGCAGAGCUGGCGCCAUGGCCACGCGCAGGAGCCCGGCGAUGCCAAACCCGGCGUGAACAGGAAAAGCCAAAGGCACUACAGGCUUUGCCAGCAGCACAACUCUCUUGACUGUGCUCCUCAGGGCUUAGUCCAGCCCAUUGCUGUGACAGUAACCUCUGAUCCCACCAACUGCCCCCGAUGCCACAGGGAAGAGCACGAAGCAUCCAGAAGGCUCUCAGCCCUGGAUAGCACUGGACCAGACCAGGAGGAUGGAGGAGUCAGUGAAGGGGAGGGAGAGGGCAGCCAAGAGGACCAGGGUGCCUCGGCUCUGGAGGAGGAGGUGGAAGAAGGAGGAUGGCUGAAGCUCUGCCGUGACAUGUGGCAAGAAGUGAGGGUCAAGCUUCGAGUGAUUGUGGACAGCAAGUAUUUCAACCGUGGGAUCAUGAUUGCAAUCUUAGUGAACACCAUUAGCAUGGGCAUUGAGCACCAUGAACAGCCAGAGGAAUUGACCAACAUCUUGGAGAUCAGCAAUGUUGUCUUUACAAGCAUGUUCGCCCUGGAGAUGAUCCUGAAACUUGCUGCUUUCGGUCUCUUUGAUUACCUUCGCAACGCCUACAACAUCUUUGACAGUAUCAUCGUCAUCAUCAGCAUCUGGGAGAUCAUUGGCCAGGCAGAUGGGGGCCUCUCUGUGCUGAGGACAUUCCGACUCCUCCGGGUGCUGAAGCUGGUGCGUUUCAUGCCAGCACUGCGCCGCCAGCUUGUGGUGCUGAUGAAGACUAUGGAUAACGUAGCCACCUUCUGCAUGCUCCUCAUGCUCUUCAUCUUCAUAUUUAGCAUCCUGGGAAUGCACAUCUUUGGUUGCAAGUUCAGCCUCAGGACAGACACAGGAGAUACAGUUCCUGAUCGGAAGAAUUUUGAUUCCCUGCUAUGGGCCAUCGUCACCGUCUUCCAAAUCCUAACCCAGGAGGACUGGAAUGUUGUACUGUAUAAUGGCAUGGCCUCCACCUCGCCAUGGGCUUCCCUCUACUUUGUGGCUCUCAUGACAUUUGGCAAUUAUGUACUUUUCAAUCUUCUCGUGGCCAUUCUUGUGGAGGGAUUCCAGGCUGAGGGUGAUGCCAACCAAUCAUACUCAGAUGAAGAUCAGAGUUCUUCAAAUGUGGAGGAAUUUGAUCAAUUCCAAGAGGCCCAAGAAGGCUCAGAUCCCAAGCUCUGUGCAGUCCCUGUGACACCUAAUGGGCACCUGGACCCAUCCUUGCCCUCUUCCAACCCACCAGUGGUUUCUGGAGGGGUCACUAACUCUUCACGCAACUCACUGCAACUUGACCAGAUUCGUGUUGCUGUUGGCUCCCGGAAGAGCAGUGUGAUGUCCCUGGGGAGAAUGACUUAUGACCAGCGAUCCAUGUCCAGCUCCCGCAGUUCCCACUACAGUGCCUGGAGCCGCAGUGGAGCCUGGGGAAGCCGUCGCUCCAGCUGGAACAGCCUGGCCCGAGGACACAGCCUGAAACACAAACCUCCCUCAGCUGAGCAUGAGUCCCUCCUGUCUGGGGAAACACACAAGGCGGCAGAUGGGGAGCCAGAUGGGACAGGAAGGGUGUUUCAUCACCGCCGGACACUCUCUCUGGACAACAAAAGCUCCUGUGACCUGCUGGAGUUACCCUCAGUCCCUUCCGGCCACAGAGUGACCCAUAAGCUGGGAGCACCAGCAGAGGCCAGUGAGCAUCAGGACUGCAAUGGCAAAAUGCCCAGUAUUGUCAAGGAGAUCUUCCCAAAGAUGAACAACCACAAAGAACAGGGAGAGGAUGAUGAAGAAAUAGAUUAUAGCCUGUGCUUUCGCAUCCGGAAGAUGAUGGAAGUCUAUAAGCCAGACUGGUGUGAGUUACGGGAAGACUGGUCCAUAUAUCUCUUCUCUCCACAGAACAGGUUUCGCCUCCUCUGCCAAACCAUCAUUGCUCACAAGCUCUUUGACCACGUAGUGCUGGCCUUCAUUUUCCUGAACUGCAUCACGAUUGCCCUGGAAAGACCCCAGAUUGAACACAGAAGCACGGAAAGAAUCUUUCUCACUGUGUCCAACUACAUUUUCACAGCAAUCUUUGUAGCUGAGAUGACACUGAAGGUGGUCUCUCUUGGCCUGUAUUUUGGGGACCAGGCUUAUCUCCGCAGCAGCUGGAACAUCUUGGAUGGCUUCUUGGUCUUCGUGUCGCUCAUUGACAUUGUGGUCUCAUUGGCCUCUGCUGGUGGUGCCAAAAUCCUGGGAGUGCUGCGAGUGCUCCGGUUGCUGCGCACCCUACGUCCCCUCCGAGUCAUCAGUCGAGCCCCUGGUCUGAAGCUGGUGGUGGAGACAUUAAUUUCUUCCCUCAAGCCCAUAGGAAACAUUGUCCUCAUCUGCUGUGCUUUCUUCAUUAUCUUUGGCAUCCUGGGUGUGCAGCUUUUCAAGGGCAAGUUCUACCACUGCCUGGGCGUUGACAUCAGGAACAUCACCAACCGCUCCGACUGCGUGGCAGCCAACUACAAGUGGGUGCACCACAAGUACAACUUCGACAACCUGGGACAGGCUCUGAUGUCCCUCUUUGUUCUGGCUUCCAAGGAUGGCUGGGUCAAUAUUAUGUAUAAUGGACUCGAUGCUGUGGCUGUUGACCAGCAGCCAGUGACAAACAACAACCCCUGGAUGCUACUCUACUUCAUCUCCUUUCUCCUCAUCGUCAGCUUCUUUGUGCUCAACAUGUUUGUGGGGGUGGUGGUGGAGAACUUCCACAAGUGCCGGCAGCACCAGGAGGCUGAAGAGGCACGCCGGCGGGAGGAGAAGCGCCUGCGACGCUUGGAGAAGAAGAGAAGGAAGGCGCAGCGUUUGCCGUACUAUGCUACCUACUGCCACAUACGCCUCCUUAUUCAUUCGGUCUGCACCAGCCACUAUCUGGACAUCUUCAUCACUUUCAUCAUCUGCCUCAACGUGGUCACUAUGUCCUUGGAGCACUACAACCAACCUGUGUCCCUGGAGACCGCCCUCAAGUACUGUAAUUACCUGUUCACCACUGUCUUUGUGUUUGAGGCAGUCCUCAAGCUGGUGGCAUUUGGUCUACGACGAUUCUUCAAAGACAGGUGGAACCAGCUAGAUCUGGCCAUUGUGCUGCUGUCUGUCAUGGGCAUCACAUUGGAAGAGAUUGAAAUCAACGCUGCUCUCCCAAUAAACCCCACUAUCAUCCGGAUCAUGAGGGUGCUGCGUAUUGCUCGGGUCUUGAAGCUACUGAAGAUGGCCACGGGAAUGCGAGCGCUGCUGGAUACAGUUGUUCAAGCCCUGCCACAGGUGGGAAACCUUGGACUCCUUUUUAUGCUCCUCUUUUUCAUCUAUGCUGCUCUAGGAGUGGAGCUCUUUGGAAAACUGGUGUGCAACGAUGAGAACCCCUGCGAGGGCAUGAGCCGCCACGCCACCUUUGAAAACUUUGGGAUGGCCUUCCUCACACUUUUCCAGGUGUCCACAGGUGACAACUGGAAUGGGAUCAUGAAGGAUACCUUGCGUGACUGCAGCCACGAUGACCGGAGCUGUCUCAGCAACCUACAGUUCAUCUCCCCGCUGUACUUUGUCAGCUUUGUGCUCACAGCCCAGUUUGUCCUCAUCAAUGUGGUGGUAGCUGUGCUCAUGAAACAUCUUGACGACAGCAACAAGGAGGCCCAGGAGGAUGCAGAAAUGGAUGCUGAGCUUGAGAUGGAAAUUACUCAUCAGCUGUGCUCCCACAAGUUGAGCUCUCCAAAUUCAGGACAGGGAAAAGGAACAGGAACAGGAGAAAGUGGUGGUAGAACAGAUCCUGAAGGACGCCUGUGCAUGAGAUGUUACUCUCCAGCCCAGGAGAACUUAUGGCUGGACAGUGUCUCUUUAAUUAUUAAGGACUCCUUCGACGGGGAGUUAAUGAUCAUCGAUAACCUAUCGGGCUCCGUCUUCCAUCAUUACUCCUCGCCGGCCAUGUGCGAGAAGUGUAACCAUGACAAGCAAGAGAUCCAGCUGGCUGAAAUGGAAGCGUUAUCCCUCAACUCAGACAAGUCCUCUUCCAUCCUUCUAGGAGAUGAGUCAGACUAUCGAAACUCUGCUCAGCUGAAUCCUAAGGAGAUCAAGCAGGAUGGCCAGGACAACCCUGACUCCACUGGAGCAGACAAUCUGGGGGAAUGCCUGCUUCCAGCGCCCAGUGGGGAUGGCUCUGCAAACCCAGACAGUUACCUGUGUGAAAUGGAGAAUACUUCUUUCAAUUCAAUUCAGUCUUGGCUAAAGCAUGAAAGUACCAAAGGGCCUGAGGAAGUCUCGUGUCCACACAACCUUCCUAAGAUCUCUCUUCAAGGCUCAUGGGCAUCACUGAGAUCUCCAGGUGUGAACUGCUCACUUCUCCAUCAGCCCCCCGAGAGCGACACGUCGCUGGACAGCCGAAGCAGCAGCUUGGCCGGCAGCUUGCAGACCACGCUGGAGGACAACAGCCUCAACCUCAGCGACUCUCCGCAGUGUACUCUGGAUCUGCCGGUGGCCCUGUGCCCCGUGCCGGCGGCGGGCAGCCAAAGACCCCUAGCAGACGCCCUGUCCCCCGCCUCCCGCCGCCGGAGCCUGCGGGGCCGGGGGCUCUUCAACCUGCGGACCCUGCGCCGCCACCAGCGCAGCCACAGCAGCGGCGGCAGCACCAGCCCCGGUUGCACCCACCACGACUCCAUGGACCCUUCGGAUGAGGAGGGGGCAGGCAGCAGCCUGCGCGGGGGUGGCAACAACAGCGAGCCCUCGGAGACGCUCAGCAGCCUCUCGCUGACCUCGCUCUUCUCGCCGCCCCCACCGGGGCUGACCCUGGUGAAGAAGUGCAGCAGCACCAGCAGCCUCCACGCCAGCCCUUUGCCCCGCCGCCCCGCCGCUCACCACGCCAAGCCCUUCUACACCGUUGACCCUCGGGGCUUCCUCUCGAUGCCCUCCUGGGUGACGGACUUCUGCAAGGACACCCCCUCGCCCAGGGAAGGAGAGGAGCCAGAUGGCCCUGGCAGACUGGGGGCAGGGGACCGCAGCUCCGCGCUGCCCUCCGAGCUGGAGCUGGGCGAUGGAGUCAGCAAGAGGAACAGAUGAGGGUCCCUGAGGUGCAGGGAGGGAGCAUUCGGCCGCUGGAAUGGGGAGCAUGUUUCACUAGCUUCUCCCUGGCAGCAAUUCCAAAGGAUUUGCAAGAAAAAGAAAACAGGCAAACAAAAAUUUAUAAAUAUAUAUAUAUACACAUAUAUAUAUAUAAUAAAUAUUCUGGUACCGUACCUCAGAGGUGUGGGAGAGUGCAAGCAAUACGGGAACAGUCCUGCCUGAGGGCAAGACCUUGACCAUCACCCCAGAGACUAUAGUGACAAAAAAAAGGCCAUGGGGCUGGCAGGGACAGCACCCUCCAGCCAGGUGACUGCUAUGUGGCAGCUGUUUGGAUAUAUACAUAUACAUAUAUAGAGAGAUCGAUUUAUUUAUUUUUUUUACUGAGAGAUUAUGAAUUUCAGAAAGUGCUAAGGAAGAACAAGAGAAUGCGGGGCCUGAAGGAGCUGCUGCACCAAACCAUGAGAGUGGGGUGAAGGGAAGGGAAGCAGGGUGAGCAACAAGGGAAGAGCAUCUGGGGCUUACCUUGUGUGUUUCUGGGAACUUCUUUAUUGUCCAUGCUUCCAUUUCCAAGGUUAAAAAUUGUGGGCCAGAUCUUCAGGGUAUGCAUAAAUUGGCAAAACAUGCUGUUGGUGUAAAGCAGCAGAGUUCUGGCUUGAGGAGAAUUCAUGCUGAUUUACAGCAGGUGAAAAUCUGGCCCCAGCAACAGAGAAAAGCAAAUAGCUAUGGACCACAGGGAAACGUUUUGAGGUGAAAAGCCUUGCGUUGAAAGAAAUGUGUGAACACGACUCAUGGAAGGAGGGAUGGAGGCUACUUACAUGGCUUGUUUUUGUUGCUGUUUUGUCGGGUUUAGUUGUUUCAUUUUCCAAAGAAAGUAAACUACAAAGGGAAAAAAAUCACAAGGCUCGUGGGGAUAUCUGGAGUGAGAGAGGCAGGGUGGAAGGGAAGGGGGAGAUGAAAAGGGGAGAGGAAAUUGAACUUUCCCCCCUUUUAUUUGCAGUAAUUGUGAUAUUUUAUUUUAGAAACCCAAAGGUGCAAAAAUUAUCCCUAGAGAAACUUAUCUGUUAUUUUUGUAUCUAUAGCUAUAUAUAUUAAAAGACUACAAAACCUAGAAUAUUAAAAAAGACAUUAAAGCGAAGGUGGCUUCAACAACACAAAACGCAAUCAGUCCCUUGGCUGAGGGCUAUGCUUGUUCCAAGUUCCAGAAAGAAGACCCUGCAAAGACAUCCUUAGCUCAGUGGUGGUUCUUUCUCCUUUCUGGCAUCAUCCUCUGGCAUUUUCCUGGUUUGCGUCAGUGUAGCUGGGACCAAAGUCCUAAUCAGUGCCAACCAUGGACAUGGGGAGCAGCAGAUAUUGAUUGGAGAGAGUGUGUGUGCUUGUGUGUGCAUGCCACUGUAAGGAUGCUGAUGUGUGUUGUGUCCAGGCCAACUGACUCAUCAGCUGGAGAGAUGGGUGAGAGGGACAAGGAGAACUGCAGCUUUCCUUGUCUCUGCCUUGCAGAGUGGUGGGAGUGGGGAGGAUUGCGGAGGGUGAGGGCAGAACGACCCCUCAAACCAUGACCUGCCUCAGAAUCUAGGAUUCUCUCCAGCAUGAUCUUCUCCCAAUGUGGUUGCAACAAGGCUUCCAGAGGCUGCAUCCUCCUUGUUUUUCCAGUGGUACAACUGCAUAAUUCUCCUUCCUGACAGAGACAACCUGGAUCUCCUCCUGCAGCAACUCCAAGGUUUUAUAACCUUCCCAGAUUUGCAAGUACGUAGGAAAACCAGCCACCCAAGGGGAACAAAGAAUUUUGGAUGUCAUGUACCAUCCCAGGGAUGUUCCACUCAGGUGUGUCAGAGAAAACAGACUGGGAAGGGCAGCAGAGAGAUGAUAGCAGCCUAACGGAGACAGGAAUGUUUAGAGCACUAAGGAGGAGGAGCAGGGCUCCCUGUCCCGUUUUAUCCAAGAGGGCCUCUGCAGCCCUCACAGAGGUCUCCCAGCUGGCAUACGAAGCAUUGUGAAGAGGGCAGCGCAAAAGAUGUUCUGAUUUGAUUGUGACCUGUCUGACUUUAAAGCAGCUGCUGCAUCUUACAAACCAGGGUUAUAAACAGCGAGCGCACCACUUGGGACCAGCAGCCAGGAAAAGGAUAAUUACUAUGUGGACAUAAUUAAUUUGUUCUGUUACAAGCAUGCAUGCUGACUGCAGGGAGGUCAGACCUGUGAGUAGAGGACAGGAGAGCCUGAGUCCUUGUCCUUGCAGAAAGGAUGCAAAUACAUAUUUAUUAAAGCAAUA